AGGAAAGUAGGUCAGAGCGGCGCGGGCCGGGCCGGGCAACGCUGGGCCGGAGCGGGCCGGGCCGGGCCGGGCAGGGCAGCCUACCUGUGUGGGGGCAGCAUGGCGCGGCGCCCGCGGAGCAGCCGGGCCUGGCACUUCGUCCUGAGCGGGGUCCAGCGCGAGGCCGAGGGCUGGGCCGGUGCCUGGGGCUGGGGCUACGACUACGACGGGCAGCAGCACAGCGACUCGGAUUCGGAGCCGGAGUUCUCCUCCCUGUCUCCCUCCAUCCCAAGUGCCAUCCCUGUGACUGGAGAGUCCUACUGCAACUGCGAGAACCAGAGUGAAGCUCCCUACUGCUCCAGCCUGCACGCCCUGCACCGUGUCCGCGACUGCCGCUGCGGCGAGGAGGACGAGUAUUUUGACUGGGUGUGGGAUGACCUGAACAAGUCAACGGCCACACUGCUGACGUGUGACAACCGCAAGGUGAACUUCCACAUGGAGUACAGCUGUGGCACGGCCGCCAUCCGUGGCAACAAGGAGCUGGCAGAGGGCCAGCACUUCUGGGAGAUCAAGAUGACCUCCCCGGUAUAUGGCACUGACAUGAUGGUGGGGAUUGGGACGUCAGAUGUGAACCUGGACAAGUACCGCCACACCUUCUGCAGCCUGCUGGGCAAGGACGAGGACAGCUGGGGACUCUCUUACACAGGACUGCUGCAUCAUAAGGGGGACAAAACAAAUUUCUCCUCGAGGUUUGGCCAAGGCUCCAUUAUUGGGGUGCAUUUGGAUACGUGGCACGGGACACUCACGUUCUUCAAGAACCGCAAGUGCAUAGGGGUGGCAGCCACAAAGCUGCAGAACAAGAGGUUUUACCCCAUGGUGUGCUCAACGGCGGCCAAGAGCAGCAUGAAGGUGAUCCGGUCCUGUGCCAGCCGCACAUCCCUGCAGUACCUGUGCUGCUUCCGCCUGCGCCAGCUCCUGCCCGACUACGUGGACACGCUGGAGGUGCUGCCCCUGCCCCCAGGACUCAAGCAGGUGCUGCACAACAAACUGGGCUGGGUCUUGAGCAUGAACUAUAGCACCUCGAAGCCUUCCUCCUCCUCAUCCUCAGGGAGUGACUCGGACAGCUUGUGCGGCUCGGAUGCAGAGGCCUGCCAAAGGAAGAGGUGCAGGAGGACAUAAUGGCUCUGCACACCACGUGGGUGGGGGUUUGUUGUGUUGUCUGCAAGGGCCAGUCAAGCGUGAUGCACCUCUUCCUUCUGGGGGCAUCCAUUUCUACGUGUUGGCAAAGAUUUCUCCAAUGCUGUGGAAAUCUUUGGCCUUGACAUCCAUCACAGGCAUUUAGAAGAGCUGCUGGCUCCAAGAGGUGCUAGUUCUGACAAAAGAAAUUUGUGGUGAAAUAUCUGAGCUUCAUCUCCUGACUUGCUAUGGAUGCCAGCACCUCUUCCCAAAGGAUCUCUCUUCUCCCUGUUGGCACAGACAACGUUUAAGAAAUUGGACUUGAUGACAGGAGUUGGACUUCAUAAUCUUCAUGGCUCCCUUCCAACUUGGGAUGUUCAGGCAGUCUCCUGGUUGGAGUACACUGGAUUCCAGUCAGAUAACAGACCUGACUCAUCAAGCCAGAGUCCCAGGCCAGUCCUCUCCUCUGUGUGUGUGUAGGUUUGGUGUCUGCCAUGACCUCGUCCCACUCUGGGGCAAGACGGAGCAGCAGCUGCAGGGAAAGGGCCCCCAGAGACACUGCUGGGAGCAGGUACAGGAGCUGAGCUCUGGGGGUCUUCCUCGAGCCCCUGGGCACUUUUAAUUGCUUUGCAUGUUGUUUUCUGCUGCUUUUCCUCUGUCCAAGACUGUGCUAAACUGUAAUAAUAAAUGUAGAAGCUGUC